CAAAGGGGUGAAUAAGAGAGGAAAGCAAGGUGACAAACACGUCUGUUGUUAACAGUUUCUUUCGUGGUAUUCAAUGCUCCAUCAUGCAUGUGUUCAGAAUCCAGCAUGUGCUGUGUGUGCUUGGUUUCGUGGUUGCAUCCUUGUGUGUGAACGAGUAUGAGGGGAACUAUACAGACAACUAUGACAAUGAGAUCUCUCAGGACCAGCAGGAGGGGGAGUCUCCAACCACACCAUGCCAGGCUGCUGAUUUCUCCCGCUGGGACAAGCUUUUCAUCGCUCUGGAGGACUCCCACAUGAAGCAGAACAUGCUGCUGGAGUCUCUGCAGCAGUGUUGUGGAGGAAUGGUCUCUCUCAGGACCCAGGUAGAGAAGCUGGUCAGGGGGCCAUGCCAGCAGUGUGUACCCAGCAUGGAGUCAGUGUGCAGGGCACAGGCAGAGCAGGCAAGUCUCAGGCUGCAGCGAGGUUUGGUGGAGCUCAGAGAGGAGGAAGCAAAGAGGGAGAGGAGGUUAAACGCUACCUUGCAGAUGCUCCUGCACAGUACUCAUGAGGAGAAUGUCCGGCUGAACCGGCUAGAGGAAAGUAGCAGCCACAGAGUGGUGCCAUCGGGACCAGCGGACGGCAGGAUGCGACACCAACCAACGCCAAGACCUGGCGGUGUAGGGGCAGCUUUUACUUUGGGGAUGAAGCCGUUCCCAUCAGUCCUGAAGGAGCAGGAAGUGACUUCACCGCUGGACAUGGCCACAAUGGAAAGGGCCCUGGUUGCCAUAGCAACAGAGCUGCAGAGGGUUCACCUGCAGCUGAGCAGAGUGAUAGAGCAGGCAGGAGCAUUGAGGACGGACAACAGAGGAAACACAUGAAUUGCCCAGAGGGACAGAAUAUUAAAAGAUUGGCUGACAUCACUCCAGUGAUAAUGAUUUUGCACAUAUACUUAUUUUUAAAGGGAUUUUCUUUUUCCUUUUUAA